AUGAAUCACAGAAACCGCCUCCUCAUCCCUCUCCCUCCCACCUCUUCCCCUCCCUCCCGCGUCCCGCCCCAUCCCUUCCCUCCCACAUCCGCCCCACCCCGUUCGCACAUCCACCCGAUCCCACCACAUCCCACCCAUCCCCACAUCUUAUCCCACCCCCACCAGGAAGACGGCUUCCGGCCGGGGCUGGUGGGAGGGCUGCUGGCCCAGGAGCGAGUGCUGGCGAUAGUGGCUGGGCGGUACUUCACACUCGCCAUCUCGCAGCACGGCCGCCUCUUCACCUGGGGCGCCAACCUCUACACCGGCGACGCCCCCUGGCGCCACGAGCACGACUCCGGCUUCGAUGACGAUGCCGAUGCUGCUGCUGACGAGUUCCCAGAGAAAGGACCCGCGGGCACGGCCGGGAGCAGCAGUGAGAGGGAGGCGUGGCGGCAGCGGCUGAGAAACGCGGCGCUGGCAGCGGCCCAGCCAAGGGUGGUGGAGGCGGGGGUGGAGGGGGAGCAGGUAGUGGAGGUGGAUGUGGGCACGGACCACUGGGUGGCACUCACAGGGUCGGGCAUCGUGCUCGUGUGCCACACUGGGUUCACUCCUCAGGGGAUUCGGGUUGACCCUGAGCAGCACAGAUCGUGGCUGGGAGUGGCGCCUGGGGUUCCCCUGGACCGCCCUGCUGCUGUGCGCGUGCCCCCGCAUCUGGGCUCCCAUCCUGGUGGAGGGGAGGAGGGGAGGGCGGCAGGGCCGGAGGUGCAGUCGGUGGCAGCGGCGCACCACACGACGUUUGCAGUGACGGCGGAUUACAAGGCCGUGUCGUGGGGCGAGGCGGGGCCACUGCUGGGGCGCGCGUGGGGGGAGGGCCAGGGUCAGGUGCCCGCGAAUCGGCCGGGGGUUGUGGGGAGCGGAGCAGGGGGAGGAGGGGCAGUGGGAGGGGAGGGGGUGGUUGGGUUGGAUCGGCAGACGGUGGAGCAGGUGUCGGCUGGGGAGGGCUUUGCUGUGGCGAGGCUGAGCCAUGGCGUGGUGUACUCGUGGGGCGACAACCAGCACGGGCAGCUAGGCCGCCCGGCGCCCUCUCAGGACGGCACUCCGGCAUUAGUGCAGGGGCUGGAGCAGCUGGAGGUGCUGCUGGUGGUGGCGGGGUCGCAGCAGGGCCUGGUGCUGUGCCGCGCACUGCAGGGCUCUGAAGCCGCCCUGGAGCCCCAGGAGUUUGACGACACGCGCGUGCUCAAUGAGGAGCACGUGUCGCCUGCAUCGCUGCCUGAUCCCGAUGCUUCUGCUCCUGCUGCUGCUGUGCCUGUGCCUGGUGGUGCUGGUGGCGUGGGAGCAGGGUUUGGUGCAGCAGUGGGUGCAGCAGUGGGUGCAGCAGGGGGAGCAGUACGGGCUAUGGUGGCGGGUGGGGAAGGAACUGCUGUGGCGAGUGCAGCAGGAGGGGGUGACAGUGGUGCGGGGGAGAAUUGGGGGGAGCGAGUCGGGGGAGGGGCGUCAGCGGCGGAGCAGGGGGGCACGGGAGGGGAGGGGUUGGUGGCGCGGGACAUGUGGAUGAAGUUUGGGGAGGAGUUCAAGAUGCUGCCCCGGCAGGGCAUGGACAGCAGCAUGCGGAACCCGUGCUGGCGCGUGCAGGCAGGCAGUGCGGUGGGUAGUGCGGGCACGGAGGGGGGGGCAGGCCCCGAAGUGCACUGCCUGCCGUACUUCUUCAUCAUCGGUGCCACCAGGGCGGGCACGCAGGACCUGUACCGCAAGCUGACGUCCUCCAUCAUCCCGGGCAUAUUCCCAGCCGCCAUCCCCAACCCCCAGUGGUGGGACCGCAACGGCGCGCGGGACUUUGCGUGGUACGUGUCGCUGUUUGACGAGGCAGCGCAGCACAUGGUGAACACGGGGGGCAGCGCGGUGACAGGCGAGGCGUCCAGCACGCUGCUCACCAGCUCAGGCGUGGUGCUGCGAGGCCACGUGGAUGACAGGCACACGGUGCCGCAGCUGCUGCACCUGGUGCUGCCCAGGAGCAAGUUCAUUGUGAUCCUCCGGAACCCCGUCGACCGCUUCUUCUCCGAGUUUAACCUCGCUGCUGCUGUCAACCCCUCGCCUUCUGUGCCCAGGGACUUUCAUAAAUACGCUCGAGAUGCGACGGCGCGCAUGAGUGCGUGUGUGGAGAAGGAGGGCGCGCAUGCGUGUGUGCGGAAGCUGUUCAGAGACAUGCCGGACCUGUGCGGCUCGUUCUAUGCUUACUUCAUCCAGGACUGGUUCCGCUCGUUCCACCCCCAGGCCUUCCUCUUCCUGCGAUUCGAAGACUACAUGGCCAACCCCCGCCCACACAUCGCCCAAACCCUCGACUUCCUCGGCUUCCCCGCUGCUGACGUGGCGGAGGAGCAGUGGGUGGGGAUCAUCGACCUGGAGCGCGUGGAGCAGCGGCCGGAGGGCAUGGCGAGGGAGGAGCUGGAUGGGGUCACACGGGAGUACCUGGAGGCGUUCUUCGCGCCUUUCAAUGCAGAUCUGGUGCGGUUGCUGCGUGAUGAGAAGUAUUCGUGGAAGAGAGGGCAGAGGUGA